AUGCUUCUUCGAACAAGCCUACGGGCUCGUUUGCUGCGGCCCGCUGGCUUUCGCGCCGUGCGAUUCAACUCUUCAGCACCGCUUAUUCGCAUUGAGAACGGAACUUUCUACAAGCAAUAUCCGACCGAGGACAAUGCCACAACCAAUCUGCCUCUGUACCCGAACCUCGACUUCACUUUACCCUCCGAGGCGGUGAUCUCUCCCACGAAGGGACCCUCACUGCAACAUUGGGCCGUAAUUGGUCCCUCGACUCGAACAGAUCUACUCGACAUAUUCCGUGGCCAGCACAUUGCGAUCCCUCCUACCGCCCGGUCAUAUCCCUACCUCCUCUCCGAUGAAAUCGCUGCGAAGGACCCCCGGCUACGCAUUAUUGGAAAUGCCAUUCAGUACAUCGGAUUCAGUGGUGAAGGUUCUGGUGCCAUUGGAGGUACUCGUGGCGCAUACUUGAGUGCGCGCUAUGAGAGUCUUCGCGAAGAGACCGAUUGGACGGUGGAGCAAUUCCUGCGAGGGCAGACAUCGCUGAAUCCUCCUGAGGGGGAAGAAAACGGUACUCUGAAGGAUGAGGAGUUGCUGAAGGAAGUUAUUACGGAUCUGCACCUGGAAUCGCUGCUUGGCAUGCCAGUCGCAAAUCUGAGCAACGGACAGACGCGACGGGCUCGUAUCGCUAAGGCCCUGCUCGAGAAGCCGGAAUUGUUGCUCCUAGAUGAGCCUUUCAUGGGAUUGGACCCGGCCACUACCCGAAGUAUCUCGAAUCUGCUUCACCGACUGGCAGAGAAACAAUCACCCCGGCUGGUACUGGCACUUCGCCCUCAGGAUCGGAUACCAGACUGGAUCUCUCAUGUAGUUUUGGUGGGCAAAAAUCACCAGGUACUUCAACAGGGAACAAAGCCAGACAUUCACGCAACCCUUCAGGCAUGGCAAAAGAUGCCUGUAACAGGAAAGAGAUUUCCAAGAAAUCCCGAAAAACUGGCUAAAAUGCUUGAAUUUCGCGCUCAUCUAGAGUCAGGGAAUCUUGAUGAGCAGUUGCUCCAGGACUUCACCUUGAAUCAAACCAAAAAACCUCUAAAACAAGAACAUGCAUCACUAGGCGGGGAGGCCCUCAUUGAAAUGGAUGGAGUUCGUGUCCAGUACGGUGAUAAGGUCGUGCUGGGUGACUGGAAACAGAAGGUGAAUGAUGAAACUAAGGAGGGCCUUCACUGGCGGGUGCGCCGAGGGCAACGCUGGGCGGUACUCGGUGCAAACGGUUCCGGGAAGACGACACUGUUGUCGUUGAUCACAUCGGAUCAUCCACAAGCAUACUCACAGCCCGUUAAGAUCUUUGGUCGGUCUCGUCUUCCUGAGGUGGGCAAACCCGGGAUUUCCAUCUUCGAACUACAGUCUCGCCUCGGCCAUUCAUCACCUGAGAUCCACGCCUUCUUCCCACGCCAGUUGACGGUGCGGCAGGCUUUGGAGUCGGCCUUUGCGGAGACUUUCCUGUCCAAACCAAGUCUUGAUCACGAGAAGGAUCUCGAUGUGAGUGCAGCUCUCCGAGCUUUCAAGGCCGAGCUGGACCCCAAUACCUCCCCCGAGGAAGCACCAACGGUAUCCAUCGAAAAAUUGUUCCCGAAACUGGACCCGGAAGGCUCAGGCAAGGUAAAAAAGCCUGCCACUUCCACUUUCUACAUGCCCUUGGAAUACCAGGUUGAGUAUGCCGACAACAUCAAGUUCGGUGAGCUGAGCACUGCACAACAGCGAAUUGUGCUAUUCCUGCGUGCCUUGAUUCAUAAACCGGACAUUGUCAUCCUUGACGAACCAUUUUCGGGCUUGACCGCCUCACAACGCGAUAAGUGCUUACAAUUCAUUGAGAAGGGGGAAGCUCUUAAGGACUUAAAAAUCCCCCGUGGCGUCCCACUCCGACACCGCGGGUUAUCAGAGAAUCAGGCCUUGGUUAUGAUCAGUCACGUGAAGGAGGAGAUCCCGAGCAGUGUGCGGUAUUACAUGCGCCUACCGUCUGAACUAGGCGAGGGUGCUGAACCUGUCGAUUUCCGCGCUGGCAUGCUGAAAAGCUCCAGCGUGCUAAGCGAUUCGGCAGUCUGGGAUUUGGUGUGGUCCCCGGCUGGACAAUUUUCACAAAAUAGUGAGAAGACGACCAUUGAGCAAACGUCUAAAAAGGUUGGACACGAUGACUUUGAGAGAUUCGGAUAUUACACGAUAUAG